UAGCUGUUUUGUAGGCCUGGGGCAAAACACAAUCUUAACUUUUCAAAAGGAAAAUCAAACAAAAGUCUUCUAGAUUCAAAAAUCUUUUAGAUUCAAAGGUCAAAUUUUUUAUGCCCACUUUUCCUUGUGGCCCUGGUAAAUGCCCCAUCUGCACUGUAGAUAAUCUGACCCUGCAUGAUAUGCUCAAACUUUGAAGAUGUUAUGACAUGUAAUACAUUUUAUAUUUGUACUAAUUAAAUAGUUUAAAAAUAUUUUGUAGCUGAUAAAACUGAAUGCAUGACAUGUGAGUAUAUAACUCAGGAUGAAGGAAUAACGGAAAAAGAAAAGGGUGGCAAUCAGAAUGAGUAUCAUGAAGUUAGUAUUGAUUUACCAGUGUUUCAUGAAACAAAUUCAAAACACUAUGGAAAUGAUAAAAUUUUACACCGAAAGCAAAAACCACAUUCAAUAAGUGAUUGUGGUGAUUGUGACGACUCAAAAUUGGAAUCAUCAAUUUUCAGAAAGGUUUCAAAACGAAAAAGUUCUAUCAUAAAUGGUUUUCAACAACAAAUUCUGGCAUUUCAAGAAAAAGUUGUUAAAUGGAUGAGCGAUAUAUCCAAUAAUUUAUCAUUACCCACAACUUCAAUUUAUUAACAAACCCCAGUAUCAUUAUUUGACAUUAAGUGUAUAAAUUCAAAAGAGAAGUUUUUUCUUUUUAAAGCAAGUGUGAAAUUGAAUUCAU